AUGGCUGACUUGGACGAUGUUCCGAUGCCGGAUGCCGCGUCUUCGGAUCCCAAGUCGAAGAUAUUGGUUUUAAUCAUAGUAGGCCGCGAUGACCGUCCGCUGCUGAUACAGGACCUAUCUACGCCGGGAUGGAGACCGGACCCACCGCAUCUCGCUUCGUUCGUGGCACACCAGGCAUUAGAUGUGAUUGACGAGGUACUAUGGACAAACUCGUCGAUGUAUCUUAAAGAGGUGGACGUGUUUGACUGUCUUGCAGUGUGGGCAUUCGUCAGCAGUAGUCACGUCCGUUUCCUGUUGAUAACACGCGCUGCCAACUGGACACUCCCAAAUACGACGUCAGAACCGACAUCUCCGGUUCCGGAGCCACCGACGUGCGACUCUAUACGCGCAUUUUUGAAGGAGAUACACGAACUAUAUUGCAAGUACCUCUACAAUCCUCUAUACAGACCGAAUGACAGUAUAGUGUCCUCUGAGUUUAACACAAGAGUGCACAGAAUCGCAAUGAAACACUUAUAUUGA